UGCGUGUUGCACGUGUGUCAAAAUCAUUUGUUUUGAUUUGCUUCAGCGGCGAGCGACGGCUGACGAACAGUGCUGGCUGGACCAAUCAAACGCGCAGCAAACAGCUGAUUGUGUGAUAAAAUUUCAGUGCGAAGUGACGAAAGUUUGAGAUUUUAUACGCAAUCCACAUGUCCAGUGCCGCACACAAGAUGAAAGUGUUGUCCCUCUACCGACAGCUGUUGCGUGAAUCGCAGAAAUUCAGCUCGUACAAUUUUCGUAAUUAUGCCCUACGGCGGGUCCGCGAUGCAUUCCGAGAGAACAAGGCGCUCACCGACUCGUCCAAGAUUCAAGCCGAGAUGGAGUACGCCAGAAAGAAUUUGGACAUCAUCAAGCGGCAGGCUCUGAUCAGCCAAAUGUUCCGAGCAGACAAACUUGUAAUCGAAAAAUGAGCCGCCAUGAGUUUUGUCAAGCGCCGAGAUGUGCAAACUCCUUUCGCAAAGUUUGGAAGUUUGUAGCUGGAAUAUGCAGUUAAUAUCGCAUGAUUUGGUAGGUUACCUGCGUUAAAACAAAAGAAUUUAAGUGUUCUCUUCUUGUUUUGGAUGUGUGCAAGGCAGCAAAUUGUUAGAGCGUUGUAUUCAGUAUGUGAGGGCAUGUAAAUACCGACAGACACAAACGUCAACAUGUAAAGACAAGGAAUCAAUAAACGACAAGUUUCAUAAAAGAAUA